AUGUCUAUAUCUAAAGUUUUUUGGGUUAUAUCCCUUAUUAGUCUCCAAUUUUUGUUGGCAAAUUGUUAUUCUACAAAGAGUCUUGUUCCGGCUUUGUAUGUUUUUGGUGAUUCAACAGUAGAUGCUGGAAAUAACAACAAUUUGAACACCGUUGCCAAAGCUAAUACUUUCCCUUAUGGCGUAGAUUUCAAUAAUUGCUCUACUGGAAGGUUUAGCAAUGGCAAAACCUUUGCAGAUCUUAUUGCUAUUAAAUUAGGUUUACCGAUGCCACCUUCAUACAUCGGUGUCUCGGCAACUGACAGAUAUCAAAUAGCAUCGGGUAUCAACUAUGCAUCAGGGAGAAUGCUUGUCAUUGGAGAAACAAAUUGA